AAACUCUAUGCGUAUGGUUCUAUGAUGUGUAGUAUCGCAAGCCAAAUGGGCCAAAAGCGCGCUGUACGCACAUGAGCCAUUCUUCAUAAUUAUUUCGGACGUAUCAAUUGCACAACGGGCGCACGAAGCGAGCUCCUCAAACAGUGGUCAUGCCGCAGACAGCGUCGUCGUCCGUAGAAGUGCUCCAACAGCAAUUAACAAUAUGCAGAAGCGAAAUAGCCAAUUUGCGGACGAAAUUGCGGGCAAUGAGCGCACAGUUCAACAGGCAGUGCAAGGAAAUUUUGCAGGCACUGAAAAUUCGAAAUGGCACUACUGAGGCUACACAUCAUCAGGCACGAGACUGCGAAUCGGCCGACAGCAGCAGUUUUACAUUCCAGCCAAUAGGAUACGUUCAGACAGCAUUUCCCUUCAAGAAUGGAACACCUCGUCAAGGCUGCAUUUGUCCUGACAGCCAGGCAGUUCUGAUAUUGGACAAGCAAGUUUUCACAUGCCCCGAGCAUAGCCUGGAAGGCCUUGACAAGUUUUCUCAUGUCUGGCUGCUGUCAGUGUUCAACCGCAAUACCAGGAAGGAAGACUCAGGGGAGUUUGCAUACCGAAGCAAAGUUCAACCACCCCGCCUAGGUGGCCAGACCUGGGGUGUCCUGGCCAGCCGCUCCCCACAUCGACCUUGCCCUGUAGGGCUUACCUUAGCCCGGUUACACUCUGUCCAAGGUUCUGUGCUGCACCUGUCUGGAGUGGACCUUGUGGACGGGACGCCAAUCCUCGACAUUAAGCCCUACUUGCCUCAGUACGACAGCCCCCAGCAGGGGACUUUGGAUGAGAUACCAGACGUUCGAUGGGCAAGCUGGAUUGAGGAGGCCACCACACUGGCAGUUGACUUUACCCCGAGGGCGCGAGAGCAGCUCUCUCGUUUCCACGGACGCAGCAGCCACCCGGCUUUUGAAACACCCUGCUCUUGGUGCUUGCAGCACUUCGAGGACUCGCAUGCCGCAGCCAGAGCAUUGGAAUGCCUUUUGAAGGCCGACCCACGUUCUAUUCAUCGCAAGGACAACUGUUCAGAUAGGCUGUACUACUGUGUCCUUGAUAGCAUCCACGUCACGGCAUGGUUUGAUGAAGGUCGAGCCGAGGUGCUCAAACUGCAGCCUCGUGUGGAAGGCGAAGGAGACGAGCCUGCUGGUACAAGCCGGCUACCAAAGAGAUGUUAAUAAAAGAAGGCUGCUACGCCUUAAUCUUCAAGGGUAGCAGUUAUAAGUUGCAA